CCUAUUGUGAUUAUAACACGUGGUAUCAGAGCCCCUUGGAGCCGUCUCGACCAUGCCUAUACCUGAGGAAGGGGGUGGCAGAGGUGCUGGAGGCAGAGAAGACGCCCAAGCACAAGGUCAACACCAAGAUCCACCCGUUGCUCCGGUGCAACCUAGCCUUGGACCCUCUAGGGAUGAGCCUAGAGUGUUUGGCCUUGACAAGUUCAACGGUGACAACUUUGCUGAGUGGUCCUUCAAGAUGGAGAACAUCUUUGAGCACUAUGAUCUGCUGGAGGUGAUGGAAGGAACGGAGAAGCGCCCCGAGAACGACCCGGAGAAGAGUCCGUGGGUGCGGAAGAGCGCACAAGGCUACCUUCUACUUGGGCAAGCGUUGGGAAGCAGCCAAAUCCAUCACAUCAAGCCUUUUCAGCGUGAACCAGCAAAGGGACCAAAGGCAUGGGCUGCUCUCAAGGGUGUACACGCUCCUGCAACAGCGGCGGUGGCUGUGGUUUUGGAGCGGCAAAUGGCGGCACUUCGAAUUGACGAAGGCGAACCGGUGGAGGAAGGAGUGCAGAAAUUCUUCGACUUGUUGACACGGCUCGAAGGAGCUGAUCUGAACUACAGUGACCUUCAAAAGAAGACCAAGUUGCUGGCCUUACUUCCGGACUCAUGGUCCUUGCUCAUCAUCAACCUAAAUCGAGAUCUGCCCCGUCUCUCACUCGAAGAUGUGAAGCGGGAAAUCUUACAAGAAGAUUUCCGCCGUCGCGAAUUGGCGGCAAGCAUGAAAGCGGCACAAUUGCGAAUUGGCGUUUGUUUGGGGAGUUUGGCCAAGAUCAUGCUGGUGGUGUGCCUGUGUUUGUGGAUAAUCAGUCUGCCAUUGCCCUUGCACAGAAUGCAUGCUUGCAUGGCCGCACCAAACACAUGCAGGUCCGGUGGCAUUUCAUUCGGGAGAUGGUAGCUGCGGGUGAGGUGAUUUUGCAGUGGUGCCCCACCAACCGGCAGGCUGCUGAUAUUCUUACCAAGUCUCUUCCAUUUGAGCGUCAUAGUGUGUGCAUGACCUUGCUCGGGAUGCAGCCCCAUGAUGACAGAGUUCCCGCAGCAGAUGCCGGCGUCUUGGUGCUCCUCUCCUUGGCGGACUCCAUGCUCUGGGUGGCCCCAACCCAUGGGCAAGGGGGAGUGGUGUGAAGUCUUUUGCCCUAUGGUGUUGAGCCACACCCAGCACGAGCAAGGGGGAGUGAUAAAUGUGUAGUGUUCUGUGGUGUAGUUUGCUCUAGCUGGUUGUGGGCUAUUGGGAUUUGGGCAAAAG